AUGGUUAUCACUGCAGAGUGGUGGUAUAAUACUAACUUACACAUAGGAUUGCGAUGCACACCAUUUGCAACCUUGUAUGGAUACUCUCCACCUCAAAUCUUCAUUGGACCCCUUUUAGAGAACACUGUACAAGUACAAGAUGCUGAAGAUGUUGUCAUGCAAAGACAAAAAUUCCUACAACUACUUAAAGACAACUUGAAUACAACACAAGCCAGAAUGAAGUAUUUUGUUGAUAACAGGAGGACUGAGAGAGAUUUUGCAGUUGGAGAUCAAGUGUACUUGAAGCUGCAACCCUACCGACAUUCAUAUCUAGCAUUGCGAAGGAAUCUCAAGCGCAACUCUAAGUAUUAUGGACCAUAUGUGAUCACUGCCAGAAUAGGUGUUGUGGCCUAUCGGUUAGCUUUGCCUCCUGAAUCUAGAGUGCACCUUGCGUUCCAUGUCGCUUUCUUCAAUCUCUAUUUUCACGUUUGUAUGUCUAAAUAUCAAGAACUGAUUCGAGCUAAUUAA